AUGUCAGGCUGCACGGACGAACAGCUGCGCCGCGUCCGCGUCGACGCGCCCCUCCUCCUCCUUCUCGUCACCUGCGCCGCCGCCGUUGGCACCGGCGCGGCCUCCGGGUGCCCCGCCGACCAGGCCACGGCGCUGCUGCGGCUGCGGCGGUCCUUCCAGCGGCCGGAGCGGAGCCUGCCGUCGUGGCGCGCGCGCACGGACUGCUGCCGCUGGGAGGGCGUCACCUGCGGCGCGGCCUCGGGGCGGGGCACGGCCGUCACGGCGCUGGACCUCGGCGGCCGCGACCUGCGGAGCCGCGCCGGCCUCGACGGCGGCUCCCUCUUCCGCCUCGCCACCCUGCGGCGCCUCAGCCUCGCGGGCAACGACUUCGGCGGCGCGGGGCUCCCGGCGGCCGGGUUCGAGCGCCUCGCCGAGCUCACCCACCUCAACCUCUCCGGCACCGGGUUCGCCGGCCAGGUGCCCGCCGGCAUUGGCGCCUUGCGCAAGCUCGUGUCCCUCGACCUCUCCUCCGCUGGCGACGACCGGCUUACCUCCCUCACGCCGUUGGAGUUCAGCGAGCCGACCUUUGGAGCCGUCAUGGCCAACCUCACCAGCCUGCGGGAGCUCCGCCUCGACGGGGUAGGCAUGUCCGCCGCGGCGGCCGGAGACUGGUACGCCGUCCUCGCGGGCUCCACCCCGCGGCUCCGGGUGCUCACCAUGCAGUCCUGCAACCUCUCGGGCCCCAUCUGCCCGUCCUUCUCGCGCCUCCGGUCGCUCGCCGUCGUCGACCUCUCCAACAACAAUCAAGGCUACUCCGACGACGGGUCGGUGAUCGCCUUGUCCGGGCCGAUACCCGAGUUCUUCGCUGAUUUCCGGCACCUCACCGUCCUUCAGCUCUCAAACAACAACUUCAACGGCUCGCUUCCUCGGAGCAUCUUUCAGCUGCCGCGGCUACGGGUGCUCAACGUGUCGUCCAACUCCGACCUCGCAGGCAGCUUGCCGGAGCUCCCCGCCGGUAGCUCCUUGGAGGUUCUGAACCUGAAAGAAACAAAAUUUUCUGGUCAAAUACCGAGCUCUGUCGGCAACCUGAAACAUCUGAAGACUCUGGACAUCAGCGAGACCAAUGGUUCUGGAGGGAUUCCCGGCUCGAUCGGUGACCUUGCAUCGUUGAGCUUCUUGGAUCUGAGCAGCAGCGGGUUCCAAAUUGGAGAGCUGCCGGCUGCCAUCGGCAGGCUGCAGUCACUGUCCACUCUACGGCUCAUCGGGUGCGGCAUCUCAGGCGAAAUACCAUCAUCGUUUGCGAACCUGACACGCUUAACUGAGUUGGACCUCUCACGAAACAAUAUCUCAGGGCCGAUAACAUUCUUCAGCAAAGAAUCAUUUCUGAACCUGAAGAGACUACAACUAUGCUGCAACUCCCUAUCAGGGCCGGUUCCUAGCUUCAUAUUCUCUCUCCCUCAGCUGGAAUUCGUAUCGCUUAUGUCGAAUAAUCUAGCCGGCCCACUCCCUGAAUUCUCCAGCCCUUCUCCAUUCCUGCAAUCCAUUUACCUGGACUACAACCAGUUAAAUGGAUCGAUACCCCUUUCCUUCUUCGAGCUCACGGGUUUACAGACACUUGAUCUCUCUAGAAAUAGCUUAACUGGAACAGUAAAACUUAGCUCCUUUUGGAAGCUCACAAAUUUAAGUAACCUCUGCCUGUCAGCUAACAAACUGACGGUGAUAGUGGACGAUGAGCACGUCAGUUCUUCGUCUGCAUCGCUCCCUCAAAUCAACGCUCUGGGGCUAGCAUGCUGCAACAUGACCAAGAUCCCCUCCAUAUUAAGGUAUGUUUUGGUGGGCGAUCUUGACCUUUCUUGCAACCAGAUUGGUGGAUCUAUACCUAAGUGGAUAUGGGGUGGCCAGGUUGAGAACGUCGAUGUGUUCAAGUUCAAUCUUUCUCGCAACGAGUUUACUAGAAUAGACCUGCCUCUUGCUAAUGCCAGCAUAUACUAUCUUGAUCUCAGUUUCAACAAGAUUCAAGGGCCCAUACCCAUCCCAGUGUCUCCACAGUUCUUGGAUUACUCAAACAACCUCUUCUCAUCCAUCCCACAGUACUUGAUGGAACGAGUAAGCAGCCCUUUCUUUCUGAAUCUGGCCAACAACACACUGCGUGGAGGCAUCCCACCUAUGCUCUGCAAUGCAAGCAGUCUCCAGUUCCUUGACAUCUCUUACAACUAUUUCAGCGGCCAUGUUCCAUCUUGUCUAGUAGAUGGACACCUGAUCAUCCUGAAGAUGAGACAGAACCGACUUGAGGGCAGGCUUCCUGAUGAUAUCAGAGGAAGCUGUGUUUCCCAGACGAUAGAUUUCAACGGGAAUCAGAUAGAGGGGGAGCUGCCAAGAUCCCUCUCGAACUGCAGUAACUUGGAGGUUUUCGAUGUCGGAAACAACAAUUUCCGUGGCCAUUUCCCUGGCUGGAUCAUGAAGCUGCCCAAGCUUAGAGUUCUAGUGCUGAGAUCCAACGGAUUCUCCGGUGCAGUGGGUAAAAUUCCUGUUGAGAGUGAUCAAAACAGGACUGACUUCCUAAGCUUGCAGAUUAUUGAUCUGGCCUCAAACAACUUCUCCGGCGCCUUGGAUCCACGGUGGUUCGAGAAGCUCAGAGCGAUGAUGGCCAGCAGCACCAACAAGAACGACGCGCCGCUAGCCCUGGAGAACAACCUGUCAGGGAAAUUCUACCGCGACACGGUGGUGGUCACGUACAAAGGGACAUCCAGAACGGUGAGCAAGAUCCUGGUGGCCUUCGCCGUGAUCGACCUCUCCAGCAACGCGUUCGCCGGCGCCAUCCCCGCGUCGAUCGGGAGGCUCGCGUCGCUGCGCGGGCUCAACCUGUCGGGCAACGCCCUCGCCGGGACGAUCCCUCCCGAGCUCGGCGGCCUGCGGCAGCUCGAGUCGCUGGACCUCUCGUCCAACCGGCUCGAGGGGCGGAUCCCGGAGGCGCUGGCGUCGCUCACCUCCCUCGCGUGGCUGAACCUCUCGUGCAACCGGCUGGAGGGGAGCGUCCCGCAGGGAGGGCAGCUCCUGACGUUCACUAACGCUUCGUUCCUGGGGAACGCGGGGCUCUGCGGCAAGCCGCUGUCCAGGCGGUGCGACGGCGGAGGCUCGGACGCGGGAGCCCCUGCGUCGGAGCACGGGAGGAGCUCGGCGGAUACCAUCGUGAUGUUCUGUCUCGCCGGGUCAGGGUACGGCCUGGGCUUUGCGGUGGCCAUUCUGUUCCAGGUGGCCUGCAGAGGCAAAAGGUGGAGCGUCUGUUAG